UGCUUCAUAUCACAAUAUACCGUCGUCGCGUCUCUUCUUCUUCUUCUUCUCCAAAACCCAAACAUGGGUCCUUCUCCUUCACCAAAAUCCUUUACUUUCCCUCACUUUCCACCAUUUUCCCACACUUGCCCUAACUUUCUCACUCUCACUCUCUCCCUCUUAGCUUUCCUUCUCACUUUCGCCGCCGCAACUGUCAGUAGUAGUCCUUCCACCAUUUACGAUUAUCUCCGGCUGCACGGUCUCCCAAUUGGCCUUUUCCCAAAGGGUAUCACUGAAUUUUCGCACGACCCUUCAUCCGGAAAUUUCCAGGUCUUGCUGAACCAGCCUUGUAAUGCCAAGUUCGAGAACCAGGUUCACUACGAUUUCAACGUCUCCGGUACCUUGACUUUUGGUCAGAUCGGGAAUUUGUCCGGCGUUACGGCUCAGGAGCUCUUUCUUUGGUUCCCUGUCAAAGGUAUUCGCGUCGAUGUACCCAGCUCUGGCCUUAUCUACUUCGAUGUGGGUGUCGUUGAUAAGCAAUUCUCUCUCUCGCUCUUUGAAUCACCUCCCGAUUGCACCGCCGUUGAACCUGCUGAUCUCACUUCCGAUGUUGCUGCCUUACACUCAAAGUCCCAAAUCACCGAUUUACAGUCUCGUUCUCAGAAUCAGUUCCGGAAACUCGGAUAUGAAAAUGGGCAAAGAAGCGAACUAAGGGCUACUUCGUAGAUUGUGGACCAAAGACAUCAUUCAAGAUUCAAGUUAGCUCGAUCAAUCUUAGGGUUUUCCUUUGCCUAAAGAGAAUGUUUAAGAGUCUGGUUUGGAAGGUCCUAUGCUUUUUGUAUGUGUGCUUGCUUGCUAGGUUGUACAGAUAUUUCAGCCUGAUACUUCCAUCUUUUACAAUGAAAAAGUAACAGUUUUGGUUAAGAUGGAAGAAGAACAAGAAAAAGAAGAUUUAUGAAAGCAUUGUCCUGCAUUAAUCGGGAAUUGAAUUCAAUACAAGGUCAGGUUGGUUGUAGCCAAUAAUGUCAUAGAGGUCUGUGUUUUUUGUUUUUUCUUUUGUUGUUAUAAUCACUAUGCAUAUAGAAGAAAACGUGAGUUUGUUUUUGAGUUCUUGUAAAUUAAAGAAAGUCUGUUCUGUCGGUUUUGUCUUGUGAAGUUGCUAAGAUUUUGUGAUUUUUUUAAAUAAUAAUAUAAGCAUUUGUUUAAGUUAUGAGAUAUGUAUCCAUUCUCUUAUUAAAUUUAUUUAAGAAUUUUGUUUUCAUGAUAGAAAGAGCUAUCAGAGAGUAGUGUUAUUUCUCUUGUGUGAGCUUGUAAUAAACAACAAGCAAUUAGUGGAGCAUUGCUCUCUCUUGUACAUACAUUGGAUGAUUAAACUUUCUUCCCUUACUA